GCUCUGUCCAAGUUAUAUUACUCGUUGAAAUGAAUAAUCAGAACUGCCUAGAUUUCAAUGGGCAUGAUGUAUCAUGUCGUGCUAAUAUGCAGCAAAAAAAUACAAAAAAAUUUGUCGAACUAACCCAACAAAAUGAAGUCCAUCCGUGUCCCCAUCAACUAUUUAUGCCAAAUAAUGGAUUUAAAGCAAUGCCAAUCAGACAAUUUUGCAGCAGCAUCUCAGACACCGAUGGCGCGGAUCUACCCUCUUGCAAAUUGCACUGUGAGGAGAAUUUUUUUUCACAGGAGAAUCGGUCUAAUCAUUUUCUUUCUGUUUGUUUGUUUGUUUCUGUGUGUUUCUCUGAGGAGGCCUUCUCUUUUAAGAGAGUCUGCAACUGCAACCACCUUUUGACCAGCUGUGGAGGAUGAGGACAACCCUAAAUUCCAUUUUUCACCUCGAAGAAGUCCCACCUUCUCUGUUUGAAACGAUGCCUCCGACGAUGACACACGCUACCGACGACCCACUUUAUGAAAGCUUUUGGAAGUUCUCUCGGUGGCCCUUGUAAAUUGGCAACUCCCCAAUACCCUCAUCCUCAUCAGCCUCAAACAAUAAAAGCCAACAUGAGCUUUCUUUUUCAUGCAUGAAGCUAUGCAAAGGUACAAACUAGGCCUCUUAAAUAAGCUUGAGAUCAUGCAGUCUUAUAGUUAUUCAGUCUUUUUGUGUCUCAAGUGGGCUCAGUAAAACCCCUUCUUCUUUUCACUCCCCUUAUUCUUUUCCCAGCAACUGUAUUUUUUUUUUUCUUUUGUCCAGGUCUGACUCUGAUAUGCUUAAAUUGUCUUGGCUCACCAUUGAAGCCAAUGGAAAGACUUGGAACUUUGUAAAUAUUCUGUGGGACAUAAGCCUGAACCCCAAAAAGAAAUUAGAAAACAGAAACCCAUUUGACAGGCUCACUGAGGAAGGCAUUGGUCCCCUGCUCUUUAUCAAUAUUCCUUUUCAGCCAAUACAUGCACCACUGUGUAUUGUAUGAUUAUUACAGAGCUUGUGUACCUUGUUGGAGCUCCUCCUCCCUCUUCUUCUCAGGUAUGGACCUUCAUAUCUCACAAAGAUCUGAAAGUUUCUGUUGAUAUUGUGAUCAUUUGUUUUGACAAGAUCACAAAUCUGAGAUACCCAGACACGGUUGACUCACACAUUCACUGACGGUAUAAAAGGGAAGAGGGCUUGGUGCAAUGACCACCAAGUUGUGUUGGUGCAGGAUUAGGUAAAAGUGAGUGCAGGAAACACGGAGGUGUUGCUAACAGGGAAGAAAUAACCAGUUCAAAUGGAUCAAAAAAGGUCUGUAACUGGGGGUAGGGGGAUGGUGGGAAUAUGUCUUUUUUUAAUAUUUUGGGGAGCUAGGGUUUUCAAACCCAGCUCUUUGUCUCUUUGUCCUUGCUAGGGAUGAACGGAGAAGAGGACAAGAAGGAGGUGGUUUGGAAGCACUCAAAAAGUUUGCUUUGCAAUCCCCAUGGGCACUGUAAAGAAAACAAAACAAGGGUGUUGUUUUUUGUUUUGUUAGGGCAUGUUUGGAAGAGAGUGCAGAUGGGGAAUAGGAAAAGCCAGGCUUUUAUUCCCAGACUGUCCUGGGUGAGGACAAAAUCAAAGAUGGGGGCACUCCCUCUCAUAAAUUCCAUAUUCCUCUGCUUCUCAAACCACACCAAAUCGAUGAGGACAAAACCAUCUUCCUUGUCGUUUGCCCAUACUUGAAUUACCCUUCUGUCCUGAAUGGCAGCAGGAGGAAGCAGGGAGCCCACUUUUUUUGAAGUAUUUGCCCUCAUUUACUUUCCCCGCAUCACCUCCUUCAACUUCAUCCUGACUCGAUCUCUCAGGCCGACCUUCUCCUGUAAAAGAACGUAAAAAGAGAUUUUUAUGUUAUCAACAGCAGCAAUCCCAUCUAUUCUUGAAAUUUAAGGCUUCCUCUUUCUCUCUGCAAGAGCGCAGAGAGAGGUGGAGGUAAGUUGCGGGGAGGGAGAGAGAGGGAGAGAGCAAUAUCUUCUAUUGGACUUGGCCAAAGAGAAGGAAAAGAAAAACCCAUUUUGCAACACUACAUCGGCUCAUCGGUCUUUGAACGCGUGAAAUUUCUGCAGAAAUCAGAGCGACCUUCACCGAAGGCUAGCAAGAGAGCCCCCUGCAGGAUUUCGGAAGGGUGGGGACGACCAUUCUCCUCCUGUUUUUUCUCGUCGUCGAGGCACCAAGAAGUCUUUCGGGUACCAACCUUCUGAGCUUGCUAUUUUCUUACGUGAAUGUCCAUUUGCGUUGGUGUCAGCCGCAACUAUAACUUUUGGAAAAUAAGAGAGCAGUCGAAGAAGGAAGAAGGAAAAAAGGAAGGUUCCUUUUUGUUCUCUCCGUCAGCUUCCUUCCAAAUCGAAAGAUACGUAAAGCCCAUCUAGCAAUGUUCAUCUUCUUCACGUCUGUGAAGUUUCUCUCGUCAUGAUCUCUGCUUCUUCAAGAUAUCUCUAUCUCUAGCAAGCAAAGAAGGAAAAAGUUGUGGUUUUCCCGUGUUUCUCUUUAUUUCUCUUGUUCUUCUUCUUCUUCUUUUGCAACUCCUUCCGAUUCUUGUCGUAGUCUCCUUCUGCACCUUAUCCCCAUAGCCAGAAGGGCGUCCUUAUUGCAUGGCCGGGAUGGUUCAGGACGACGGAUCCUCCUCCGUUCCCUCCUCCCCUCUGCAAUUCUUCUCCCUAAUGUCCAUAUCCCCCGGCCUGAGCUCCCCCUACGCGUGGCUUCGCGAGCUGAAGUCCGAGGAGCGCGGCCUCUAUCUGAUCAAGCUCCUCCUCUCCUGUGCCAACUUUGUCUCUGCAGGCAACCUAGAUCAUGCCAACCUCUGCCUUGAGCAGAUCUCCCUCCUCGCCUCCCCGGACGGCGACCCCAUGCAGCGGAUGGCCUCGUAUUUCACCGAGGCCCUAGCUGGCCGCAUCCUCCGGUCCUGGCCGGGCAUCUAUAGGGCUCUCAACUCCACCAAGUUCUCGCCGGUUUCGGAGACUAUCUUUGUCAGACGCCUCUUUUUCGACCUUUGCCCUUUCCUCAAGCUCGUCUUCGUCGUCGCCAACCAGGCAAUUCUGGAGGCCAUGGAAGGAGAGAAGGUGAUCCACAUCGUUGACCUUCACUGCGCCGAACCACUGCAAUGGAUCGCCCUUCUGCAAGCACUCAGCGCCCGGCCGGAAGGUCCUCCCCACCUGAGGGUGACGGGCAUUCAUAAUCAGAAAGAGGUGCUCGAUCAGACGGCGGUAAGGUUGACGGAGGAGGCCGAGAAGUUGGACGUCCCCUUUCAGUUCAACCCAGUGGUCUGCGAGCUCGAUCGCCUGGACCCCGAUUGCUUGAGGGUUAAAACAGGGGAGGCCGUGGCCAUUUGCUCUGUCUUCCAAUUGCAUACCCUGCUCGCCAGUGAGGACGAUAGCUCGAGGCGUCCGGCAGCUGCCGCUGCCGCCGCCAAAAUUGCUAAUUAUCAGAAAAUGAUGCAGUUGAACCACCGUGGGUUGGUGGAGCCGAAGGAAUUUUGCUCCGAUUCGGCGUCGUCGCCAUCUUCGCCUGUCAUGGGCUCAUCAAGAAUGGAGAGCUUUCUGAAUUCUCUGUGGGGACUGUCUCCCAAGAUCAUGGUGGUCGCCGAGCAAGAGUCCAACCACAACGGCCCGUCGUUGAUGGACAGGCUGCUCGAAGCCCUUCAUUUUUAUGCAUCCUUGUUCGAUUGCCUGGACUCGAGCAUGCCGAGGGCAUCUAUGGAUCGGAUGAAGAUCGAGAAGAAGCUGCUGGGAGAGGAGAUCAAGAACAUCAUCACCUGCGAAGGCGCGGAGAGGAAGGAGAGGCAUGAGAAGCUUCAGAAAUGGAUCCCCAGGCUCGAGUCCGCCGGCUUCGGAAGGGUGGGGCUGAGCUACUAUGGAGUGUUGCAGGCGAGGAGGUUGCUGCAAAGCUGCACCUGUGAAGGGUGCAAGAUUAAGGAGGAAGGCGGGUGCUUGACAAUCUGUUGGCAGGACCGAGCCUUGUAUACGGUCUCCGCAUGGCGAUGUAGAAGACUUGAUUGAUCUGAUCUCAGAUGGCAUUCCAUGGUCAGAAAAUAUCUAUCCUUGUUGUUAAUCUGUAAAAAGGAAAUAUUUUUCUUCUUUUUUGUCUUCUCCUUUUGGUUCUUUUGCUAGAAAGGGAAUGGCGCUGAUGAUCUUUAUGAUGUUGUCCGCUGCAAAUGAAUACCAAUUUUGAACUUCUGAAA